AUGAGCAAGAAUCCACAAUCUCACACAAAGGAGUUUCAUUUUUCACGCCUUUCCUCAAGGCAUCAUCUGCCACAUCAUUAUAACAAUCGUCAUCACACCACUUCCAUAACCAUGCCGUCAUCGGUCUCGAAACGCAGCAAAGCUGAUUUUUUCAUGAGAUCCGGAGUUAGCGAAGGUUUAACACAGCAAAAUAUGUAUCCCCGUUAUUCCGGUGGGGGAGGUAGUAGUUAUUCCGCUUAUCCGCACCAAAAUGUCAUGAUGUCACGAGAGCGAAUGUUGAAGCGGACGUUGAGUUUGAUAAUGCUUUCGCUCCUUUCAGCAUUUGUGACCUACAUCUGGCUCUCGCAGACAGAUCGACCGCAUCAAUUCUCCUCUUACUACGAUCUGCCGAAUCGCCACCACCAUCAAUCAAAAGACUCGCGUUCCUACCCCAUAACACCUUCCACUCCAUCCUUUCACGAACAGAUACACCUCUACCGCAUACUCGGCAACGACCUUCCACCCCGUCAUAAUCCCGGUCAGGUCUUAAAGAAUUUGGUGUUCAUUUUAGAAAACGAACCGGCGUUUCCAAACACCAAGAAAUGGUGGUUGUUGAAUCGAAUCGUGGAUCCGGAUUAUGAAGAAGCCAUACUGGAAUUACUGAGGAGCCAUCAGCAGGAGUAUGUGAGGAUACCGUUUCAAGUAGACGAGUACUUUAAAAGAGAUUUCCGGCUUGAGGAUUUUCCGGAGCCUGAUUUUUUUCACAGUUAUGAUUACGCGAAUUUCUCGAAAGUGGCCAAGUUGAGAACCAUUGAUUAUACAUAUUGCGAUAAGAAUAUAUAUGCGAUGAAUAAUAACGGCGGUAGGAACGCCGCACUGAAACACGGAAAAUCUCAACCAAACGCUCGAUGGAUAAUGCCAUUCGAUGGGAAUUGUUUCCUGACCACCAACGGAUUCAAGGAGAUCAUUUCGCAGAUUGAGACGUGGGGGGAUGACUAUAAAUAUUUUUUGGUACCUAUGAAAAGAUUACUGAACAACACGGAACUGCUGUUGGAAAUGUUGUGGCGACUGGGCGUUCCCACACCACGACGGAUGCUUAAUAAGCCCUCCGUGCCAUGGGAAUCACAGGAUGCUCCGUACCUUGCUCCGCCCAAGGAUAAAUAUAAAACUGUAGGAUGGAUCUUUAGACUUUUCUCGGGCAGAGCAUCGUUAGAAGAAUCUGGAACAUUGCGAGCGUUCAAUCGUCUGAUAGCAAUUCAAGACUUUCUGGAUGGAAUUGAUGAACGAAUAGCACGAGUGAAUCAGGGAUUCGAUCCCAAUCGAUUGUCAUUGUAUGAAGAGAGGAACUUGAAUCGCGCUAGGAUAGACUAUUGGAGCGGUCGUAAGGAUAUUCAGAAAAUUGUGGACGCGAUGGUCGAUCGAGCAAAUAAUAUUGUGUCGACCAUUUCCGACUGGUACAAGUUGAAUGACGCAUUGCCUUCAGACUCGAGCACUCAGGUUAAGUUUUUGGGGGUGGACGGCGAUACGGAUUCUCGGGAUAAAAAAUCCAAUUUGAAAUUGAUAAAAAAAGUAAAAACCAUGAAGCCGCUUCUUGCAAAUAAAGGUUCAUUGUCCGAGGAAUUCCACCAAGACGAAUUCGGGCAAUACAUUUCCACCGCCCCCACAGAACUACCCGACUUCUCCACGUCACUACUCUUCGAAAACGUCACCGUCCUGACGUUUGCCCACUAUUUCUCCGGCAACGUCCUAUACUCUCAUUGGGCGGCAAAUCUAGUUCGAACAUUUGUCCUUUCAUCAUACGGCAUAUACGAGCAAGACGAGUUGGAGACUACCUCGCACAAAAAUGAUCAGGAGAACACGAGAAACGAGGGUUAUGGCUUCCCACACUUGAACAAGAUCCCACGAGCUAUUCCAAAAUUCACCCUGAAGAAGAAUGUUGGCAACGGUAAUUCUUCCAUGUUCCCGUACGACUUGAUCGAGACAGAUCCCAGUUACUUUCUGGAUGCUUGUAGGCUACUUUACCAAGCAAAAUCACUGACGCACAAGGAAUACAUUGAACUUCAACAAUUCGCCUCGCUAUGGUUGGAAUACCUGGUAAAUUCAUGGGAGGGCGUGGAGAGAGCACAUCAACCCGACCAUCGUAGUACCUUUUAUGAUCUACAGGUGCUCUCCCUGUCGGGAUUUACAAAUGACGUGAGACUUUACCUACGAGUCUCCAACCGGAUACGAAUGCGCAUCAGAAAACAAUUUAAUUUAUCCAAUGACGCCUCACUGAUCUCCCAGCCGUAUGAAACGAAGUACAUUGAAGAUCACGAUGAUCUUGAAAAUUCAGGAGCCAUUAGCAGAACGGCGAUGUAUGAGAAUGAAAAGUUCAGAUACUCGAGUUUGAAUCUUCAAUACUGGAUGCUUAUCACUCGACUAAUACAGAACGUAGGAAUAGGUCAUGACCUAUGGAGUUAUAAGGCAAAAGGAUUGAAAUUGUCGAAGAUCGUGAUGGAACAUAUGAAUAGAUAUUCCAAUCGCAAAACCAUGUUGGACUACUUCAAUAGUAAUGUUAAUAUCAACCACGAUUACGAUGGAAAUUUGGGCGAAGCAGAAAACAGGGUCAAUGCUAAAAACGAGAUAUCAGCAUCACGGACUCGUCUCAUAGAAAAUGAUGCACACAUACUGAAACCAUUAAUAUAUAUAGCUCAAGCGGCUCACGAAAGUAAUGAUAGGCGGUUGAAGAUAAAGCAUGAGCACGGAGACGAACACGAUUACUUUCAGCAAUACAUGGAUAAUUAUAGUGAUAAGAUGGAGUUGACAGAGGGGGGUUCGGGGAGUGCGGAAAAUAGAGAUGAGUGGAGAAAAUUGGACAAUAUUUUGGGAAUAGGGAGGGAAUCACGAGAGCGAGGGAUACCACCUUUCUGGAUGCUUGGUGUGGCUUAA